GUUAAUUGAGCCAUCCUAUGCCUGCUGUGUUUUGUUCUAAAGGUUCACAGAGCUCUGGUUUCUUUUUCCUUUGAGAGAGAGCGAUUUAUUUCUUGAGAAAAACUUGCCUGGGUUUCGGGAGGAAUCAAUUCUCUUUCGGUAUCGGUUUCAGAAAUUGAAUUCAGCAGUUUUCUUUUCCAAAUUCAUAUCGAUUUUACCGGAGAGGUUAAGGAUACUAGCGAAUUUUCCAAUCUCAUCCCUCAUCUGGGAUCUCGCACCUGAAAUUAGGGUUUACAUUGUGGUUCAAGUGCGUCUUUUACUGGGUUUUUUUUUGAUAAAUCGAAUUUAAUUUGGUGGCAAGUUUCUUGAAAUACUCAAGGUUUCUUUCCAAUUUUGGGUAAUUAUGUUCUUUGAUGUGAAAUUAGGGUUUGAUCGCGAAGAUUGAAGUUAAUAUUGGUUGACAUUUGAAUAUAUUAUAAGAUGAUUAUCAAGCGAACUUCGAAACUUGAGAAGCCGAUUAUGAAGCGCUGCAAGAACGAACCAGAUGUUGCUUGCGAAGAAGAAGACUACCCUUAUCCGAUGAACCCGAAGAAGCAGAAGACAAACGGGUACCAUUCGCACUGUGAGGUUGAAGAUUUUAGCAGCGGCUCAGGUUCUUUGAGCAGCGAAGUGUCAUAUUGGAGCAGUGAAUCCGAGCUGAAUUCGAAGAAUUUGAGCAACCAGAGGGAAUCUAUCCGGAGGUCUGACAGCACUCGGCCUCCAUUGUUGAAAUCAUCACGAGGAAGGCUUCAAAUGCUCCCUUCGAGAUUCAAGGACUCGGUUCUUGAUGCAUGGAAGAAUAGAGAUUUAAGGAUUGAGGAUAUAGGUUCGAGUUUUGAUGAUGAUGAAUUUAAGGAGAGAGAUGAGUUUUGUAUUGAAACUUUUGAUUCUCAUAGAGGAGGAUAUUUAGAGCAGAAGCCUAGAUAUAGCAGCUCAAAGUCGCUUACGUAUUGCAAGAAGGAGGAAGAUAGGGAAAUAGAUUUAGAUGGGUUUAACGAUUUUGAUAAUUCAAUGUAUGCGAGUUCACAUAAUUCUGUAAGAUCUUCUGUAUUGAUGGGAAAGCGAGAAUGCAUGCCUGAUAUCAAUCUCACCGGUUUAAAAAAAUUGACGAAGGAGAGGGCUGGGAAGAGGAAGGAUGUUUAUAAGCCAGAGGACUUUGCUUUGGGUGAUAUGGUCUGGGCCAAGUGUGGGAAAAGAUACCCAGCUUGGCCAGCUGUAGUAAUUGAUCCUAUAUUGCAAGCUCCUGAUUCGGUUCUGAGGUCUUGUAUUCCUGGUGCAAUUUGCGUGAUGUUCUUCGGGUAUUCAAAAAACGGAACACAAAGGGACUAUGCCUGGGUGAAACAAGGAAUGAUCUUCCCCUUUGCAGAAUUCAUGGAUAAAUUCCAGGGGCGGACUCACCUGCACAAGAGUAAGUCAAGUGAUUUUCAGAUGGCUCUAGAAGAGGCAAUUUUAGCGGAGAAUGGUUUCGUGGACACAAACCUGGAGACUGGACAUUUAGCUCGUCCAGAAGAUCAACCAAGUUGUUCGAGUCAGGAUGAUGAAUGUUAUUCUCAGAGCCAGGGCGCAUAUUAUAAGGAUGCUAGACCUUGUGUCAGCUGUGGUUCACUUGUGCCAUGUAAAUCUAUGAGGAAAGUGAAGGGCCCAAUUGGCGAAGAGCUUUUAUGCAAACAUUGUUCUAAGUUACGAAAGUCUAAGCAGUAUUGUGGCAUUUGCAAAAAGAUUUGGCACCAUUCGGAUGGUGGAAAUUGGGUAUGUUGUGAUGGGUGUAAUGUUUGGGUGCAUGCUGAAUGUGACCAAAUCUCAGGCAAAAGCUUCAAGGAUCUGGAGCACCUAGAUUAUUAUUGCCCUGACUGCAAAGCAAAGUUUAAAUUUGAAUCACCAGAGCUAAAGAAGGUGCAGCCAAAAAUGAAGUCUGUUGAAAAGAGUGAACAAAAUAUUCCACCCGACAAGCUCACCGUAGUCUGCAAUGGCGUGGAAGGAUUAUAUAUUCCAAAGCUUCAUUUAGUUGAGUGCACAUGUGGUAGUGCUUCAUGUGGAUCAAAGAAGCAGACACUUAGUGAAUGGGAACGUCACACAGGUUGUCGGGCCAAAAAAUGGAAGUACAGCGUGAAGGUCAAGGAUACAAAGCUGACAUUGGAAAAAUGGCUUGCAGAAUAUAAUUCAUGCAGUGUGGAUCCUCAGAGAUUAGAUAAGCAGAAGCUAAUUUCUUUUUUGAAAGAUAAAUAUGAUCCUAUCUCUGCAAAAUGGACAACAGAGAGAUGUGCCGUAUGCAGAUGGGUUGAAGACUGGGAAGAGAACAAAAUUAUUAUUUGCAACAGGUGUCAAGUUGCUGUUCACCAAGAAUGCUAUGGAGUGACCAAUGUUCAGGAUUUUACUUCAUGGGUUUGCAGAGCAUGUGAAAUGCCUGAUAUUGAGAGAGACUGUUGUCUUUGUCCUGUAAAAGGGGGUGCUCUGAAGCCAAGUGACAUUGAGGGUUUGUGGGUUCAUGUCACAUGUGCUUGGUUUAGGCCUGAGGUUGCCUUCUUGAAUCAUGAGAGGAUGGAACCUGCUGUUGGAAUUCUUCGAAUCCCAGCAAAUUCGUUUUUGAAGAAUUGUGUUAUCUGCAAGCAGACUCAUGGUUCUUGUGCUCAAUGUUGCAAGUGUGCCACUUACUUUCAUGCGAUGUGUGCAUCAAGAGCUGGAUACAGCAUGGAAUUACACUGCAUGGAGAAAAAUGGAAUACAGAGAACAAAAAAAUUAAUAUACUGUGCUGUUCACAGGAAGCCCAAUCCUGAUAGUGUUUUAGCUGUACAUACUCCUCAAGGAGUUUUUGCUGCGAGAAGCUUGGCUCAGAAUGAGAAGGCUUCUUUCAGGGGUUCAAAAUUGGUUUCCUCUGAGAAAAUAGAAUUUCCUGAAUCUGUAGUUCAGGUGACAGAUGGAUCUGAGCCUCCGUCUGCUGCAAGGUGCUGCGUGUAUACACCAAAAAGCUGUAAGGAGGCUGAUGGGGAGGCAAUAUUCCACAAGCUAAUGAGGCCGAGUCAUCAUCAUGUAGAUGCCAUAAGUAGUCUUUGCUCCUACAAAGAAGUCGAUGCUACAGUUUUUUCUUCAUUUAAGGAACGACUUCACCACUUACAGAUAACUGAGAAUCUUCGUGUUUGUUUUGGUAAAUCUGGUAUACAUGGAUGGGGCCUUUUUGCACGUAGAAACAUUCAAGAAGGAGAAAUGGUCAUUGAAUAUCGGGGGGAGCAGGUUAGGCGAAGUGUUGCAGAUCUGAGAGAGGCAAAGUACCGAUUGGAAGGCAAAGAUUGUUAUCUAUUCAAGAUCAGCGAGGAGGUAGUUAUUGAUGCUACAAACAAGGGGAAUAUUGCACGUUUAAUUAAUCAUUCUUGUACUCCCAACUGCUAUGCAAGGAUCAUGAGCGUGGGUGACGGGCAAAGCAGGAUAGUUCUUAUUGCAAAGACUAAUGUAUCUGCUGGUCAUGAAUUGACGUAUGAUUAUUUGUUCGACCCUGAUGAACGUGAUGAUCUGAAAGUGCCUUGUCGAUGUAAAGCAGCUAAUUGCCGGAAAUUUAUGAACUGAGCACCAUUUAGUUGCAGUUUUUCAUGUGCAAGAAGCAUUAUCCCGAUCUCCUAAUCAAUGAGGACUUUUACAAUUUUUUAAAUUUACUCAUCUCCUAAUCAUUGAGGAUAUUGACAAUUCUUUUAGAAGCUAGAGUUUUCAUUUUCUUGACCCUUUUUUUGUUUCUUAAGCCUAAUUCGUUUUGUAAUUUUCUAGCGGUAAUAAAAAAGUAAAUUCACCAGCC